AAUUAGAAGGUGGGGGCAGGAAGCAUUGAAAGAGUUUGAGAUGGUGAUGUCAGCUGAGUUCAGAAAGUAAACAGAGUUCCAGACUGCAGCAUGCUGUCUGCGGAACCCGGACCGCAGCUGGGGCAAGCCGAUGGGGGCUCCCACGCAAUCCCCGGGACUAGCGCGAUUAUCAGUGGGAGGGCAGGCUGGUUCCUUCUCAUUUACCUCCUCAUCUUUAUCUUCGUACCUCAGGGGAGCGCCUGGCCCAACAAUUACAGACAUUUGUCCGACCACUGCCCCGGCCCAGAGUGGAACGUCAUGUGCAGGAGCUGCUGCGAGUAUGAUGUGAUCCGCUGCAAAUGCCCCCUGCAGGGGACAUCGGUGGGCUACGCUGUGCCCUGCUGCCGCAACGCCAUCAAUGAGUGUGACCCCUGCAUCUUCCAUCCAGGUUGCAGUAUUUUUGAGAACUGUAAGCGAUGCAACAAUGGGACCUGGGGUCCCAAAGAUGACUUUUUCAUCCGUGGCCAAUACUGUGCCGAGUGUCGUCCCGGAUGGUCUGGUGGAGACUGCAUGAAGUGUGGUGGGGUGAUACGUAAACGUCAAGGUCACAUAGUUGUGGAAAGCUACCCCAACAAUGCUCGGUGUGAGUGGACCAUACAAGUGGACCAACCCUUUACAAUAGAACUCAGGUUUAUGAUGCUGAGUUUGGAGGUACAUCAAUCUUGUCGCUAUGACUUCGUGGAAGUCAGAGAUGGUGACAGCAUCAACUCUCGUGUUAUAGGUCGGUUCUGUGGAAGCAACAGACCUGCUCCCAUUCGCAGCUCUGGCAACAGUCUCCACAUUCAUUUUGAGUCUGAUGGUUUCAAGAAUUUUGAUGGCUUCUUUGCUACAUUCCAAGAGAGUUCAGCUUGCAGCUCCUCUCCUUGCCUACAUGACGGGACUUGUAUCCUCGACAGCUCUUACACAUAUCAUUGUGUCUGUCUGGCUGGCUAUACAGGCAAGAGAUGUGAAAAUGUAGUGGGAUGUCGCAGGCCUCCUGUGCCCACCCAUGGAUCCACACAGGGAGUGUUUCAUCACGUAGGAGCACAACUCACUUUCCACUGUGAUACAGGGUUUGAGUUGCAGGGAUUACGUGCUGCCAUCUGCCUCAGUGAUGGCACCUGGAGUGCACCUGCUCCACAGUGUGUUCCAGUGGAACGAGUAUGCGCUCUGCCACCAAAGCCAACACACGGGGACCACUUCUUGGUUUUCGGUCCCAAUGAUGUUUUAAUUGCUCUCCAAUACCUUUGCCAUCACCCCUAUGAACUCAGUGGAGUCUCGCAAAGGACUUGCCUUCAGAACAACACCUGGAGUGGAACUCAUCCUAUUUGUACCAAAGUGAAUAACACACUCACAGAAGCAGAAAAGGACAAGGAAACUGAAAAAGAGACAAUAAAAGGUACAGAAAAAGAUAAAGAAGAAAUACACAGUGAGGAAGAUAUCCUUAGCAAAGAUAAAGAAAAAAGCCAGGAGAACACGGGUAUGAAAAAAGAAAGCGAUCGCUGGAGUACAACAGAAGACAAAAACACUGGUACUAUUCCAGAGAAAACUGGUGAAGAAGAAAAAACUAAUGGCCGGGAGAAAACCACGAGCAGUGGUGAAGAUAAAGUGGGUAGUGUCGGCCCAGACAAUGGCCGGGACACAGACGAGAAUAAAGAACCUGAAAUAGUAAAACCUGGGAAGAAAGAAGUCGGUAAUCCCCCAAAGUCAGAGCUGGAUAUCAUUGACGGCGUGGCAAGAAAAGACAAAGGACAAGAUGAGAAGGAAAAAAAAGAGGAGCAAGUGAAUGGAAAAAAAGACACUGGAAAAGUUGGACCCAACGACACUAAGCUGCGGACGGUCGUCUCAGAGGAAAUAAACACACUGGAGAUCUCCAAGCAGGAAAUGGCAAAGAACAACACAGUCACGGACGAUACGAACGACUUAAGGAAAAACAACACAAUAGCUUUACCAGAGAGGAAAAUAAUUCCCUCAAGAGUCAAUAUUACACAGCAUACCCUGUAUAGGGCAGGAGAUGAAGAAAGUGAGAAACUAAAGGAAAGCCCAAAAAAUAAAGAGGACAAAGUGGAAACGAUUCCUACUGAGAAACCAAAGGAACUUGAUAUGCAUCAAAAAGAGAAGGAAAAAGAGAAGGACAUAAACCAGAGCUUCAAUGAGUGGAGCUGCCCACCUCCCCCUCGUCUCUAUCAUGGUUAUCACGUGAUGAUGCCAGGGGCCAAGCCUGAGACAGUGGAGUUCUUCUGUAACCACUCCUACGCUCUGAGUGGAGACGCCCUGCGACGCUGUCAACCAGAUGGAACAUGGAGUGGCAAACAACCCCUGUGUGUUAGAGCGUGUCGGGAAUCCAAAGUUUCAGAACUGGUCAGACAAAGAAUCCUACCCCCUCAAACACCAUUCAGAAAGACACCGGUGCACAAACUGUACUCCACUGCAGUGGGUCGACAAAUUCAGUCUGACGGCCCCACCAAAGGGCCACCAGUACAUUCACAGUUGGCUCCUGGUUUCCAUCACCUCUACACACACAUCGAGUAUGACUGUGUGUCUCCGUUCUACCACCAUAGUGGCAGUCCUCGCCGUACUUGCCUCAAGACAGGCAAAUGGAGCGGGCGCCAUGUAUCUUGUUCACCAGUGUGUGGAAAGCAUCCAACCUUUGACUUUGAGAGGCCUGGAGAGGCUCAUUGGCCUUGGCUAGUGGCCAUCUACCGUCGCUCCAACAGUGGUCUAGAAACCAAGUUGACCAAGGCAAAGAGCCACAGUGGAUCCGUGAAAAAGGAUGGCAGCGCAAGAGCUAGUACCCAUGUCCGGGCUUCAGACUGGCAGCUGGUGUGCAGUGGAGCUCUAGUGAACCAACGGAGUGUUGUGGUUGCAGCCCAUUGCGUGACACAGCUGGGGAAGGUUUAUCCUCUGGAUGCAGCUAAAAUCAAGGUGGUGGUAGGGAAACACUAUCGUGACGAUCACAAGGAAAAUAAAGGCCUCCAACACUUGAGGGUGGCCACCGUCGUUAUUCACCCAAAUUACGACCCCCAUAUUCUUGACUCAGACAUAGCUGUUAUCAAGUUACUGGACAAAGCAAAGAUUGGAGAGAAAGUGCAACCCCUGUGCCUGUCAGACAUUCAGGGCGAGGACGAGAUGUCUGGACAAGGCCUCGUGACUGGCUGGUCUCCCCUUGCUGACUCAGGUUUGGGUGCUGACGAAAAAGCGAGAGUUGGCCUUGUUCACCUCGCUGACAUCGUUCCAUGCGAGCAGCAAUACGCUCGUAAUGGGGUGCCGGUCAGUGUUACUGACAACAUGCUGUGUGCUAGCCAGAAGCCCAACUAUGGACCCUCUAACAUAUGUCCCUCUGACACCGGGGGAAUCCUGAUCCUCCCUGCACUUACCGACAACAAGGGGAAUCCCUCUGCCGGCCCUACUCAAAAAGGAAGAAAAAGACUUUGGAGACUUCUGGGACUCGUAAGUUUUGGCUAUGACCAAGGGGAGUGUGAUCCUGAACUCUAUACAGUCUACACUCAUGUAGCAAACUUCAAAGUCUGGAUAGAGACAAGUAUGAAAUAGAAAUGUUGUGUAGUCUAUUACACUGGACAACACGGCGCUCUAAAUGAAGGGAUGCUCGCACAUUAAAUGUUUGAUCAGUCUUUGAUUAGAAGAUAUCUCAUUCGUCGGCCUGUAUUUAUAGACUUGAAAAUGACAAAAAUUUCAUCCUUAAAAUGACAAAGUCAUGUAUUAUAUGCACACGUUAGUAUGUACUGUAUAUUGUAAUGUACUAACUUUUCUAUUGACUUAGUAUAUGACUGAAAGUGAUGUACAUAUUGCAUUGAAAGACAGAAAACUGGAUAUUUUAAUUAAAGUGGGAAAAUAUUUUCAAA